UCGGCGAGAAAUUUAUCGGUAACCACGAACCUAACCGGCAGUAUCAACACCCCAUUCCUUGCACCUGCGAUCAACGUCGAGUCGACCCAAUCGCGAUUCCCACGACGGCCACAUCCCUCCGCAACUCGAAUCAACCGACAAGAUGCUCCGCACUGCUAUUCUUCGAUCCGCCGCUGCCGCAACGCGGAGCGCCGUUCGGCCCAUUCCCUCCGUUGCCGCCAGGAGACUGGCCAUCGCGCCGACCACGAAAACCACCUCCUUCGUGCCCAAAGUAGCGGCGUGGCAAGCGGUGCGAUGCUACGCCUCGGGAAGCUCCCUCGAAAAGACUGAGGUCUACGAGCGCAUCAAGCAGCUCCUAUCCGGCUUUGACAAGGUCAACGAUCCCAGUAACAUUAAGGAGACCGCACACUUCGCCAACGAUCUGGGCCUGGACAGCUUGGACACUGUGGAGGUCGUGAUGGCGAUUGAGGAGGAGUUCAGCAUCGAGAUCCCCGACAAGGACGCCGACACAAUCCACAGCGUGGACAAGGCAGUCGAGUAUAUUCUUAGCCAGCCGGACGCCAACUGAGUGUUUCGUACCAUUCGCUUGUACCAUAUCAUGACCGUAGCAACACGCAGCAUGCCACACCGCUCCCGGGUCGGUUAGACGGUGUUGGAGUCGGGGUAACCGUAAUAUUCAAAGUUCACGUGGACUUGGCCGGCUUGGGGGUGUAUUUAUCCUCUGUGGCAGGAUUUCGGCCCCCGAUAGAAGUGACAUCGAAAGGGCCGUUUCACCCGGACCUUUCUGCAUUGGUGCUGUCGACGGAGUUAGUUAACCCUAGAGCUUGCCAUGGUUCCCAUACAUAUUGUCUGCUCCUUAUAAAUAACGAACCCGACCAGUCACACAAAAUCUUUUUACGGCACAUGCAAA